AUGAGUGACGCAAUCAAAACAAACAAGUGGGAUUCUCCCGGAGUGAAAGAAUUCAAAACAGUUAAGAAUGAAUUGACCACCACGGCACUAGGAAUUGAGAGGAUCAAGAAUUGUAAUUCCAGCUGCGUGGCAACAACGCGCAAUAGACACGAGACGCACUUAGGCAUUGAAGAGACAAAAUCACUAAUUCGUGAGAAAAUAUGGUUUCCGCAAAUCGAUAAUCGAGUAAAGGACACAAUCGAACAGUGCAUAGCCUGCCAGGCUGCAGAUAGACCAAAACACCCCGAAUCUCUACGCAUGACAGAAAUGCCAGAACUACCAUGGACAAACACAUACGUAGACUUCCCACAAUCAAGGAAAUCAUCAAAUUGGUGCUGUUUUCUUAAACUUUCAACGUUUUUAACGAACGAAAAUCUUUCUAAUCUUUAUUAUGAUGGAAAGAGAGUUAAAUGGAAUGGAGAUUUGAAUUUACUGAAACAAAUUACAUCUGAAACCUUUCGCCUCGAUGGAAAAUGGUCUUCGCCUGGUGGCAAAAGAAAGAAAUUUGUUAGCUCGAACACAGAUCUCAGUUUUACUUGGUGUCCGGACAAACAAAACUCGUUGAUCUUCCAAGGGAACGCAAUGGUAGAAAGAUUCAUGCAACCGUUGGGAAAGGCACUAAAGACAGCAAAGCUAGAAGAAAGACCAUGGAAACAAGAGUUAUAUCGUUUUCUUCUUCAAUAUCGGACAACCCCGCAUUGUACCACAGGUGUACCAUCAUCAAAACUAUUAUUUAAUCGUAUUGUAAAAGGAAAGAUCCCAGUGAUCACGCGAAGGAAAGUCAUGCAUUAAAAGACACAAAGAAGCUCGAGACAACGAAAGAACAAAGAAGGAAAGAAAUAAAGAAUACGCUGAUCAUAAAAGAAAUGUAGAAAAGAGCGAGAUACAUGUUGGUGAUUAUGUGUUAGUUCGACUUCAACAGGAAAAGAAAAACAAACUAACAACGAAUUUCAACCCAGAACCAUACAAAGUUAUUUCAAGGAAUGGUGUAGAAGUAACAGCUCAACAAAAGAAUG